AUGAAUCUCUCAGCCGAAGGACCUUCCCCAAAAGGGAUCGCUUUAAGACCGCUCUCACAGCGCAUUGGCUUAUGGCCAGAGGAGGAUUGGUCGGGUAUCACAGACCCCAAAACACGCAGGAGGCUGCAAAAUCGCCUGAAUCAACGGGCUCGACGUAAGUCUGCCAUUCGUUGCCUACUGGUUGGCGAGUAUCGUUUUGACCGUGUAUCCAAAAUAGGUCACCAAAAUAAGACAACGAUAAAUGCUUCGAGGGAGGGAAAGAUACAGGGAUCUAAUGGCCUUCAUUCAAAGGAACACCAUGAAUCACUCACGCUUGCUAUCCCUCCUCAGACCAUUGAUUUCACCUCCCUAGAGGAGAUCGAGGAUGUACACAUCCUGGAAUUCAACACCCCAGCCACAAAAAUCAAAAUGACCCGAUUAGAAUUGACAGCUCUUCAAUACUACGCCACCGGAUCCCCACGAACGGAUCUAUUACUCCACCUCAUCUCCCUGAAUUUCACCAGAGCUCUGAUGGAAAAUACAAGAAUCCUAGGCCUCAGACCUGAUCAGCUCCACGAUGAUGCAAUAUCACCUUUCAACACUGCCGGCCCCUGGCAGCAAGACGAUUCUCUCCACACCCUCCCAUCAACUCUCCAACCUACGUUGAUCCAGCGCUCUAUCCCACAUCACCCGUGGCUAGAUGUGCUUCCUGAUCCCCAAAUGAGGGAUAAUCUCAUCGUUGCUGGCGAUUUUGAGGGGGAGACACAGCUUUGUCUGGAUAUGAAGGGCUGCGGAAGUACGGUGUCGAGGAGAAGUGGUAUUAUCGUUUGGAGUGAUCCUUGGGAUCCGGCUGGGUGGGAGAUUACUGAGUCUUUUGCUCGUUCGUGGGGCUGGGUUAUUAGGGAUUGUUAUGAUUUGGCCCAUUCUACGAAUCAAUGGCGGGCGAGGAGGAAUGAAAGACCGCUGUUUAGUAUGGUUUGA